UCACCUAAAAUUUUAUUGUGACUUUUAUAAUAAUAAUAAUAAUAAUAAUAAAGCACUGAAUUUUUUUUUAUUUUGUUCUUCUUCUUCGAAUAUCGAAAUCGAAUUUACCAAAAAAAGAAGUUGAAGCUGUGUGAGCGAUAGAGAGCAAUGGGGGCUUGUGCUUCGAAACCAGAAGGUUGCGUUAAAGGUCGAAUCAAAUUGCCGAAGAAGAGAAGGCACUGCCGGAGACGAAGAAGAGUUUCAAAACGCCACGUUUCGUUCAAGGACAAUCUUCAGUUUGAGAACAACAUUGAUCGAUCUCACUUCAACCCUACCUUCCAAAUCCAAGGAAGCUUAGAUGUUGCUUGGUUCGAUUCCUCUUCAAUCAUCGAUUCUGAACGUGACGACGAGUUUUAUAGUGUUCGCGAUGAUGCGUUUUCGCUGAAUGGUUCUGAAUCGACGGUGAGCAUGUCGUCGCGAAAGGAUUUGAAUCUGCCGAGGGAAGCGAGGCCUCAAUUGAAUUUGGAUGGUUCUAGUAAUGAGGGUAGUGGUGGUGGUGGUGGCGGUGCGAAUGCUUGCUUGCCUCGUCCUGCGUCUACGGGCACUGGCCCGGCGGGUUCGCGGCGAAAAUUGAUUUCAAAGCUUUCCUUUAAAUUGAGGGAAGCUCAAGCUGAUUUAGCAGUUGUUUCACCCAAGGCGCUUCGGCAAAAACCAAUGGCGGGUACCUCAAUUCCUUACUGCCCAGUAGAGAAGAGAAUUCCUGAUUGUUGGUCACCGAUUGAGCCAAGUGCCUUCAAAGUCAGGGGAAAGAAUUAUCUUAGGGAUAAAAAGAAAGAAUUUGCUCCAAACUGUGCUGCGUAUUAUCCUUUGGGAGCUGACCUCUUCUUAUCUCAGAGGAAAGUUGAUCAUAUUGCCCGUUUUUUCGAACUUCCUCAUAUAAUUUCAGCUGGAGAACUCCCUUCAAUACUUGUUGUGAAUGUUCAGAUACCAUUAUAUCCAACUACCAUCUUUCAAAGUGAAAAUGAUGGAGAAGGAAUGAGUUUAGUUCUUUACUUUAAGCUAUCUGAAAGUUAUUCAAAAGAGCUUCCCUCUCAUUUCCGAGAAAAUUUAACUAGGUUGAUCAAUGAUGAAGUGGAGAGAGUUAGAGGUUUCCCUGUAGACACAAUUGCGUCUUUUAGGGAGAGAUUAAAAAUCUUGGGCAGAGUUGCAAAUGUAGAGGAUCUUCAUUUAAGCGCUGCUGAGAAGAAGCUUAUGAAUGCUUACAAUGAAAAACCUGUUCUCACACGUCCUCAACAUGAGUUUUAUUUGGGGGAAAACUACUUUGAAAUUGAUUUAGAUAUGCACAGAUUCAGCUACAUUGCCAGAAAAGGUUUUGAAGCAUUCCAUGAUAGACUGCAGUCAUGUAUUUUGGAUUUCGGCCUGACAAUUCAGGGGAACAAGGCAGAAGACUUGCCAGAGCAUAUGUUAUGUUGCAUAAGGUUGAAUGAAAUUAACUUCACUAAAUAUAAACAACUGGGCUUUUGAUCAACAAGUGUUUGAAUGCUGUAAGGUUUUCCAAACAAUGGAGAAUCGACGAAGACUAUCGACCCCAAUAUCUAUUUAUUUAUACAUCCUCCCUUGUGGGCACCUUAACAAAUUAGAUUUUGUGGUCUCCAAUUUUGCCACUUGAGUGUCCUCAAUUCGUUUGUACAGACCAAGAGAAUGUAAUAAAAAUGCUCUCAUUUUUUUUUUUUCCUAAA